UCUCUCUCUACCUGUGCAUCAGGUACAGAUCUCUCUUUUCUCGAAUCUUCAGGGUCCUAUUCGUACCGUGCGGAGCUCGUCGGCCAAUUUUGGGUCACAUUCAUGGAGGAAGAGUUCGUUGAUUUCUCCGACAGGGUCCCUCCCAACAUCAAUCGCGUGAAAAUAAAUGAUGCUGAAAUUAAAGGGUUCAACCCUGGGUUGAUCGUGCUGCUGGUUGUUGGAGGACUACUUUUGACAUUCCUAAUUGGCAACUAUGUACUCUACACAUAUGCACAGAAGACCCUGCCUCCAAAGAAGAAGAAGCCGAUCUCGAAGAAGAAGAUGAAGAAGGAAAAGCUGAAGCAAGGCAUCUCUGCACCGGGAGAAUAGGGAUACUAAGUCCUGAUUCUCUUGUUGAUCAUGUGCAUGUGGAAAUGUUACUGUUGAAAACUUUACUUUGUGUUUAAACACUCAAGAGUUGUCCAGUUAAGUUUGACUUUUAAAGUAGAAAGUAAAACCCUACAUUUGGGUAGACUAGGGGUUAUAAAAAGGUUGCUUUGUGUUUUGAUCAAACGGAGUUUUGCUUCUUUUAGCUGAAAGAUGCACCUGGUUUCUUAAA